AUGAACGUCGACAAGAAGGGCCUCUACAACCUGGUCGGCGGGCCGCAGUCCGACACCUCCGCUGCGCCCGGCACGCCGACCUUCCACAGCGCGCCGCCCCCCGUGCCAGACACGCUCAUCGCCUUCCCACGGCCGCACGUGCUCCUCGUGACGCUCAGCCGGCCCGCGCACCUCAACGCCGUGACGCGCGCGCAGCACGCCGCCCUGCACCAGCUCUGGACGUGGUUCGACGCCGAGCCGUGGCUGCGCUGCGCCGUGGUGACGGGCGGGGGCGGCGCGCGCGCCUUCUCCGCCGGCGCGGACCUCAAGGAGUGGGACGGGCAGAACGAGCGCGGGGAGCGCACCGCCGAGACGCGCGACGACGGCUGGGCGGAGGGCGGGUUCGGCGGGCUGAGCAACCGUCGCGGGAAGAAGCCGGUCCUGGCGGCCGUCAAUGGGCUGUGCCUGGGGGGAGCGAUGGAGAUGGUGCUCAACGCGGACAUGGUGCUGGCGAGGGAGGGCGCGACGUUUGGGCUGCCCGAGGUGAGGGUCGGGGUGGUGGCCGUGGCGGGGGCGCUGCCGCGGCUGGUGCGCACGGUGGGCAGGCAGAGGGCGGGCGAGAUGGCCCUGCUGGGGAGGACGGACUAUACGGCCGAGGAGAUGAAGGAGUGGGGAAUUGUGAACCGUGUGGUGAGGGCAUCAUCAUCACCGUCAACUCCAGGAUUGUGGUCGUCACCAUCUUCUACCCGCGGGGCUUCGGCAAAGGCAGCCAAGAAGCUAUCCAAGGAACAGCAGCAGAAGCAGAAGCAGCAGCAAAAGGAGGCAGACCUCGCGGCGGCCAACGCCACCGUCGAGGAGGCCCUCCGCUGGGCGGCCACCAUGGCGGCCGAGUGCAGCCCGGACUCGGUCAUCGUGAGCCGCGAGGGCCUGCUGGGUGGGUGGGAGGCCGAGGACCCGCAGGCGAGCACGCGGAGGGUCGAGGCGGGCGUGUAUCGGCGCAUGGACGGGGGGGAUAACAUGCGCGAGGGGGUGCGUGCGUUUGUCGAGAAGAGGAAGCCCGCGUGGAAGGAUAGUAAGCUGUAG